AGAGGAAGUAGUGUUGGCAGUUAUCAGUUGUUGUCUAUAAGCAAGGUCUCAGUGGUGUCUUGCAAAAACGCUUGUUUUUUUGAUAAAUGGACCUUAUUAAAUAGGCAAAAGUAGUGCCAGUGAAACUUUAAGCCUUAAUUAGUCGGAGGAAGUUGAAGGAUAUUUAUAAACAUUCCUGUUAAACCGAACAAUCUGUAAAAAUGCCAGAACAAGCCACAGAACAAGAAAACCAGACUCCACAGCAGCAGGCGGCAGCAGUACCUGUCUAUAAUCCCGAGGUCCUGCAGGACAUGCUGCCCGUGUACUACCGACGCCUCUUUCCUCACCAGCCCUUCUACCGCUGGCUUUCUUAUGGAUUGACUGAAGAUGGUGUCUUCUGCAAUCGUGAGAUUUCCUUUACUCUUCAGGACGAUAUCUACAUUCGUUACCUGUGUUUUGAAAGCCAGGCUGAGUUGGAAAAGGAGAUCUGCUCGAGAAAUCCUGUUAAGAUCGAUAUAGGGCCAGUGAUGCACACCAGACCCAAGAACCAUCGCACUGUUCCUGGGGGAUUGACACCCGUGCAACGUGAGCUGGUCUUCGAUAUAGAUAUGACGGAUUACGAUGAUGUGCGCACCUGUUGCUCGGGAGCUGGGGUGUGCCUUAAGUGCUGGAAGUUUAUGGUGCUGGCUGCCAGGAUUUUGGAUGUAGCUCUGCGCGAGGAUUUCGGCUUUGAGCACAUUAUUUGGAUUUUCUCGGGACGUCGAGGUAUCCAUUGCUGGGUAUGCGACCAUCAAGCUCGUCACUUGGAUGGACGUGGUCGCUUUGCCGUGGCGGAGUACCUCAACAUCAUAACUUAUGUCAAUUUCUCGGGCAGCAAUUCGCCCAGGUGUCCAAUGGGAGAUCGUCCGCAUCAUAGUUUAAAGAGAGCCUUGAAGAUAGCAGAACCCAUGUUUGAGGAGAUCAUACUGGAGGAUCAGAAUUUGUUCGGAACGCCCAAGGGAGUGAGCAAACUCCUAAACAUGGUCCACGAUGACAUGGCACGCGGCGAGCUCGAAUCUUAUCUGCAAAAGAAUCUUCAGGAUGGAGCCCACUCGCGACUCGUGUGGGAGAGCUUCGCCAAGUACGCCAACUCCAUGAGAACCUCUACAGCAAAUGCCUGGAGUCGUAAGCUCAAGAACAUUGUGCAAGAAGUCCAGCUCGGACUGCUAUAUCCUCGUUUGGACAUCAACGUCACCAGGGGAUUCAACCAUUUGCUAAAGGCACCAUUUUGCAUUCAUCCAGCAACGGGCAAGGUUUGUGUGCCGUUCAGUGUGAGUGCCGUGGCCAAGUUCGAUCCCACCACGGUGCCAACGAUCACCCAGCUGCUCCACGAGAUCAACGCUUUUGAUGACAAGAGCAAGGGCUACAUGGAGGCGCCGGAAGACAAGAGCCGGAUCAAGGAUCACAAGAAGACCAGCAUGUUCAAGGGCGUUGUCGUUUUCGAGGAGUUUCUGCGGAAACUGGAGCGCAGCCACAAAUCUGCUAGCUUGCAGUUUUGAAUAUAAUUUUAUGAGUUAAGAUAGAAAUAAAAUUUGAAUAAAUAUUUAAACAAG